AUGGAUUCUGCCGCCGAUUCUCUGCUUGCACUCUCCAAUACUGCCGCUGCCAUUGCUGCUCAGGAUGAUCCUCCUUCCGACGACGACCGUUCUAGCAGUCUCAGUGAGCUGGAUGAAAAUCUGGACGACGACAGCGAUGGCCAAGAGUCGGAACCUGUUGCUGCCAUCGAUGGCGAUUCUGAGGCCGAAACUGAACGCCUGCAAAUCACGCCAGAAAACCUAGCAAGGAAAAAACCCUUCGAGAUCAGUCCAAGCAAGUUGGCCCAGAGACAAGAUGUGGAUAUGAGACCAGAGAUUGAAAGCCUGACCGAGAGUUCCAUCACCUCCCCUAUCUCCUCCCACGCCGAUUCGGACCUGGAUGGCAUUCUAAGCGACCCUCCCGAGGCCGACGACGACCCAGAACCUGAGCAGGAGGCAGAGGUCGAGCCACCAACCUCUCCCAAUAAAAGAAAGAGGGAGGAUUCCGAAUCUGGAGCUGAAGAGGCCCCUCGCUCACAACGGCGAAGGACAGGCUCCGUCGACACGGAGGAAGAGAAAUCCGAUCCAGAAAGUGACGCGGAAGAUUCUCGCAGUCAGCCGACCAGAGAAGCUACUGUUGAGCCUGGGGCUGGACCUGAGAUUACUGAGCGUGAUGAAGAGGAGCCAGAAGAGGAGCCAGAAGAGGAGCCAGAAGAGGAGCCCGAGGAGGAACCGAAGGAACCCGAGAAGGCCGACUCUAGUGAAGAUUCUAAAGGCAAGACAAGGAGCAGAUCUCGACGAAAAGCCAAAGGCGACGCAGUUGAGGAGCCACAGGCUGAGGGAGAAGAAAACGAGGUUGAGGUCCCUGAAGACAGCGAAGCCGACGAUAAUGAUGUGGAAACCGCCGUUAAGAGCGAGGAAGAACAGGCAAGUCGCAUGGCUGCCAUGGAGGCCCUGGUCGGCUUAGAGAAACACUUCGCAUCCCUGAGAGAUCGUCUGUAUGAUGAACGCAUUGCUGGUAUCAACCACGAGCUGAACCUGCUGGGCGCACCUCGACCUUCGCACCCUGAAUUUCUCCGACAACUUGAAGCCGUCCAAAAGUAUCGUGACGAGAAGUUUGACGUCGAACAGAAACUCCUCGUAUAUAAAGUAGGGGCGCUAAAGAACAAGAGUGUAGCUGAACGCAGUCAGAUACACAGUCAGUUCUUUCAGACUGUGCGCGAUAUUCGGGAAAGACAUUUGGAAAGAAUCAGCGAGCAUUUCUACCGAAUUCAGAGGGACAGAUUCAAAGCGGACUCGACAGCUCCCAACUACACAAUCCCCUUUCCAGAACGACGGUCGCAACAAAUUCUCCAACAGACUGCAUACAACAAGGAGGUUUCGAUUCUGUCCGGGGUGGCCAAGUAUGUUGGUUUCCCAGCAGCACCGGAAUUAGCACCAUCAAAACAGAAAGACCUGGAAGAUGAUAUGCAGAAGAUGGGCAUCUCACCAGCACAGCUCCGCCUAUCCAGACCUACCCAGCGCCCGGCCCAAAGCUCCUUAUCAGCACAGAUUUCCGGACCACAGGCAGAGGAGCAAUUCCUUGAGCAAACCCCGUGGGCUAAUCCUCAGCAUCCAAUUCAUCGACUUGCUAUCAGUCGCCAGAACUCCAAUCGUUCGCCUUUGAACAACGAUGUCUUCCUCACUCCAGCCAACCAACAACAUACCACCGAUGCUUUACAACCCACAGGUUCUGCCUCGACCAUUGUCGAUCCCUCUGCACAGCAUUCAUCUGUUGCCAAUACGCCUCACGAUGGACAAAGCAGCGCAGCUAAAAUCGAGCAUCAACCCAACUCCAAUAAUGUCCACAACUAUCGACUCCACUCCGCGUCACCACUAGAUACCCGGCGUCCCACCUCCAAUUCUCUUCACCAGAACCCCAUAAUUAAUGAUCACAUGGGAGAAACUCAACUACCAUCCAAAGAUAAUAUCCGCGACUUUGCAUCGUCGCCUCUUAAUGCCCGCGCCAAUCUCAAUAUUGUUCAUUCGCCACCUCGAGGAAAUUCAACAAGGCCAGAGAAAGUUGGGAGGCUAGGGAAUAAUGAUAGCCCGUUCCGGCACAAAGACACUGUCAUCACAGCCGGAGCUGGUGGAGCGGGGGUAAACAUGGGAAUGGGCAGGUUCAGCAUCCGGUGA